AUGCCAUCAUUCCAGCACUCUUUUGGGCUCGACACCCAGAGCGCCGCAGCCAAGGCGUCGCUCUCAGGAAACAUCGUCUCCGUCCUCCAGGCGGGUGGCUUUUUCGGGUCACUGUUCACGCUAUAUACGACAAGCCGCUGGGGGCGCAAGUCAGUUCUUAUUGUAUCGGGGUUUUUGUACACCAUCGGAGGUGUCAUCCAAGCUAUUGCCGGUCUCGGAUCAUCACAGUCGACAGGUCUCAGCGUCCUCUACUUCGGUCGCUUCUUCGCCGGUCUCGGCGUCGGCCUCCUCUCCGUCCUCGUCCCAUCAUACCUUUCGGAGUGCACGCCAAAGGCGAUUCGCGGCCGCAUAACGGGAGGAGUCGAGCUCACCAUCACCCUGGGAAGCAUGCUUUGUUUCUGGGUCAACUAUGGUUCUGAAUUACACCUGAAGCCAACCGAGAUGCAGUGGCGGCUACCAUUCGUCAUCCAGCUCGUCCCAUCUGUCCUCUUCACCGUCCUCAUGUUCUUCCAGCCCGAGUCACCUCGCUGGCUCGUUGAGCGUGGGCGGUACGACGACGCGGCCCGCUCCCUCGCCUAUAUCGCACGCAAGUCCCCUUCGGACCCGGCCGUACUCGCGACUCUCGACGAGAUCAAGGCAGACUACCUCGGCAAGCAGCACCUCCCGCUCCUGCAGCAGUUCCGCGGCAUGGGCGCAUCAAAGAUUACCGCGCUGCGGUGCUUCAUCCCCUCGCUCCUCACGUUCUUCCAGCAGUGGACGGGCGCGAACGCGGUCAACUACUAUUCGCCGCAGAUUUUCGCCGCGCUGGGUCUGACGUCCACCACCUCCGGGCUGCUCGCGACGGGCGUUUAUGGCGUCGUGAAGCUGCUCGCCAAUUUAAUCGGGUUAUUCUGGCUCAUCGAGCAGCUGGGGCGCAAGCGGUGCCUCGUCUACGGCUCGCUGGGCAGCGCACUCAGCAUGCUCUACGUCGGGAUCUUCCUCGGCGUGCACCCCGAGAAGGACGUCGUACCGGGUACAUACGUCUCCCUCGUCGCCAUCUUCUUCUUCUCCGUCUUCCUCGCCGUCGGCUGGGGCCCCUGCACGUUCGUCGUCGCGACCGAGGUCGCGCCGAACCACCUCCGCACGGCCGUCAUGGCGCUCGCGGGCGCGGUCAUGUGGCUCUUCACGUUCGUCAUCGCGCAGAUCACGCCCGUCAUGCUCGUGCACAUCACGUACGGGACGUACCUCCUCUUUGGCGUGUUCGGCAUCGUCAUGGGCGUCUAUGCGUAUUUCGGGCUGCCCGAGACGGCCGGGUAUCCGCUCGAGGACGUGCGGUACCUGUUCGAGCAUGAUCUGUGGGUGCGCGCGCUCGAGGACGCGCCGCUUGGGUGGAUUUUCCUAAGUGGGCAACGGAAGAGCACGCCGGUGUCGGAGCUCAGGGGAAAGGAUAUGGCUAUACCUUCAGACGCGGGCGAGCGCACGUCGGCGGGCUCGGACGAGGAGAAGUGGGAUCCGGCGCUGUCGAACGCGUCGCAUGGUGCCGCGAGCCCUACGGGCCCGGAUGUCGUCGCGCGCCCGCCGAGCGAUCUGAUCAUAUAA